AUGUCCUAUAAUCGAUUAGAUCCGACGGGCCAAGGCCAAGACGAUUAUUACAAUAUGAAUAAUAGACAUCAGUCGCCGCACCCUCAAGGGUACCAACUAGAAGAUGCGCCAUAUGGAAGACCACAUACUACCUCACCCGGUCCUGGAAUGCAGAAUCUCGAGAUACCCAUGGGUCCUGGAGCACAUAGAGUUGGAACACCAAGUGAUCAAUUGCAAGCUCAACCAUCUUAUUCGGUCGAACAUUUAGAUUCAAACCAAUACCAUCAGCGCAUGCCCCUCAACCCCAGUCAAAGCUACGACUCGGAAUAUUCUCUAGAUCCUAACGCGCAUCACGAUGCCUACUACCAACCUCCAUACCAACCUUCUCCUCAUGAAGAACAUCCUUUACAUAAUUACCCCCCAGCCCAAGACCCAUACUACAAUGACGAUGAUGACCAUCAACCAAUUCUACAAUCGCAUGAACCUUAUGGGCCAGAUCCGCACUCAGCUAGUGGCACCGAUUACAAAGGUGGUUAUGACGGGGCGGGACAAUCUCCAUCUGCGACACCUGUACCUGCGUUGAGAAGAUACAAGACAGUUAAGGAAGUCCAACUGUUCAAUGGAAAUCUCGUACUUGAUUGUCCGAUUCCUCCUAAACUUUUAAAUCAAGUUAAUCAUGCACCACCGCCGGAGAGAGAUGAGUUCACACAUAUGAGAUACUCAGCCGCAACAUGCGACCCCAGUGAGUUUUUCGAGGAGCGCUUUACAUUGCGACAAAAACUCUUUGCAAAGCCUCGGCAUACAGAACUCUUCAUCGUUGUCACAAUGUAUAAUGAAGAUGAUGUAUUGUUUGCUAGAACAAUGCACGGAGUAUUCAAAAACAUUGAAUUUAUGUGCACUCGCAAAGAUAGUAAAACAUGGGGAAAGGAUGCUUGGAAGAAGAUCGUAGUGUGUGUGGUCAGUGAUGGACGUGCUAAGAUCAAUCCAAGAACAAGAGCUGUUUUGGCUGGUUUGGGAGUUUAUCAAGAUGGAAUUGCAAAGCAACAAGUUAACGGCAAGGAUGUGACAGCACAUAUUUACGAAUAUACGACUCAAGUCGGAAUUGCUUUGAAGAAGGAUAUUGUUACACUCACACCAAAACAGCAACCCGUUCAAUUGCUUUUCUGCUUGAAGGAAAAGAAUCAGAAAAAGAUCAACUCUCACAGAUGGUUCUUCCAAGCCUUUGGUAGAGUACUCGAUCCUAACAUUUGUGUACUCAUCGAUGCUGGUACAAAGCCAGGAAAAGACUCAAUUUAUCAUCUGUGGAAAGCUUUUGAUUUGGAACCACAUUGUGCAGGAGCUUGUGGCGAGAUCAAAGCUAUGUUGGGUCCAGGAGGAAAGAAUUUGCUCAAUCCAUUGGUUGCCACCCAGAAUUUCGAGUACAAAAUGAGUAACAUUCUGGACAAACCUCUUGAAUCGGCAUUUGGAUUCAUUUCGGUGUUACCAGGUGCUUUUUCUGCAUAUCGAUAUGUUGCGUUACAGAACGAUAAAACUGGAAAUGGACCACUGGAAAAGUACUUUGCAGGAGAGAAAAUGCACGGAGCAAACGCUGGUAUUUUCACUGCCAAUAUGUACCUUGCCGAAGAUCGUAUUUUGUGUUUCGAAUUGGUAUCGAAGAGAAAUUGUCACUGGAUCUUACAAUACGUCAAGUCUGCUACUGGAGAAACCGAUGUACCGGAUACAAUGGCCGAACUAAUUUUGCAACGUCGAAGAUGGCUUAACGGAAGUUUCUUCGCUGCUAUCUAUGCUCUUGCUCAUUUCUAUCAACUUUUCCGAAGUGAUCACAGCUUCUUACGAAAGAUUAUGUUCUUGAUUGAAUUCACAUAUCAAACAAUUAACAUGAUCUUCGCUUGGUUCGCUCUUGGUAAUUUCUUCUUGGUCUUUCACAUCUUGACUACAUCUCUCGGAAGUGCUGACUUACUGGGUAAUGUUGGUGUAAUUCUUGGUGUUGUUUUCGAAUGGCUUUACUUGUUUACGCUUUUGACCUGUUUCAUUCUGGCGCUGGGAAACCGACCUCAAGGAACGAACAAAGUUUAUAUGUCUAUGGUUUAUUUCUGGAUCAUCAUCAUGAUAUACCUAAUGUUUGCUUCAAUUUUCAUCACGGUCAAAUCAAUUCAAACUCAACUUGCGAAAGAUCAAUUCAACUGGACGGAUAUUAUCAAGAAUCAAAUCUUCUAUACUCUGAUCAUUUCUCUCGCCUCGACUUAUCUACUCUGGUUCAUUUCUUCCUUUUUAUUCUUCGACCCAUGGCACAUGUUCACAUCUUUCCUUCAAUAUCUUCUUCUCACCCCAACAUAUAUCAACAUUCUCAACGUUUACGCUUUCUGUAACACUCACGAUAUUACAUGGGGUACCAAAGGAGAUGACAAAGCCGAGAAACUUCCAUCCGCUGUGCUCAAAGCUGGUGGUAAAGUCGACGUCAACAUUCCCACUGACGAUGGUGAUCUCAACGCUCAAUACGAAUCCGAAAUGCGGAAGAUUCAAAUCAAAGCUCCGCCUGAGAAACGUGAAUUCUCGGCAGAAGAGAAGCAAGAAGAUUAUUACAAAUGGUUCAGAUCCUCAGUAGUGUUGUUCUGGUUGGUUUGUAAUUUUGCACUCACGAGUGCGGUGCUUAGUACAGCGGGCUUGGAGAAUAUCGAUACGAGUACUGAUGAUACGACGAAGAGUACGAUUUACAUGGCUGUGGUUUUAUGGAGUGUGGCAGGAUUGAGUUGUUUUAAAUUUAUUGGUGCGAUGUGGUUUUUGAUUGUCAGGAUGUUUAGAGGUGUUUAG